GUGGAGUUUCUGAAUCUGCUUGUCUAGAUCUGUGUCUUUAUCGUGGGUUCAUGUGCAUUGUGUGUCUCUGCGUGCUUGACUGUUCUAAUUGUGGGUACCUGCUGCUUUAUUUGACUUGAGUUUCCCAACAAAUUUCCUGGGAAAAUGUGCUUCUAAUGGAUUUGAUUUGCGUGAUGAGGAAUUUAUAAUAAGCAUUAAGAAACCUUUUUCUUGGGUUUCUGAGCUGUGUUUCUCCAUUCUUCGGGAUUUAACUAGCUCGUUCUAAUCUGUCACUCUCUCGUAGCGUCUGGGUCAGCAGAGCCAAGACAACAGAGCACAUUUAAAUCUUCUUCGCUUUCAUCGGAUCUGCAUUUUCAUCGCUUUUCUUUUUCACUUUUCUAAUAUCGUAGCUCUGCAUUUGGAUUUCCUUGCUUAGUUCGUUUUAUACUCUUAGAUCUUCUCUUAUUCAGUUCUAAUCCUCUUCCUCACUCUCGCUUUUCUUUGUCUCAGUCAACUUCUGUAAGAUCUGGUUUUGGCAAUUACGUUACUCUCUUUAGGGAAGCCAAAAAAUAAGGGAAUUUGGAGAGACCAAUCAUAUUGUUAAUAUGGAGUUUUCCAUGAUCUUCACAUUCAGCACUGCUCUGCUGCUUCUCUUGUCACCAGGAUUUGGCAAAACUGGUAGCCCCCCUUCACUGAGCCCCACCCCGGCACCGGCACCUGCACCGGACUAUGUGAACCUUACCGACCUCCUCACGGUGGCCGGUCCAUUCCACACCUUCCUUGGCUACCUACAAUCCACCAAAGUCAUUGACACCUUCCAAAACCAAGCCAACAACACAGAAGAAGGAAUCACCAUCUUUGUACCUAAAGAUAGUGCCUUCUCAUCCCUCAAAAAGCCUUCACUUUCUAAACUCACACCAGACCAACUCAAACAAGUCAUCCUCUUCCAUGCCUUGCCACAUUUCUAUGCACUUGCUGACUUCAAGAACCUCAGCCAAACCAGCUCAACCCCAACAUUCGCUGGCGGCGAUUAUACUCUCAACUUCACAGACAAUUCCGGGACUGUCCACGUUAACUCUGGAUGGUCUCUCACGAAAGUGAGCAGUGCUGUUCAUGCUACCGACCCAGUGGCCGUGUACCAAGUUGAUAAGGUCCUUCUUCCUGAAGCCAUCUUCGGGACUGACAUUCCUCCAACUCCGGCUCCUUCACCAGCUCCUGAGAUAGCUCCUGCGGCAGAUUCACCAGAUGCAAAAUCUGCAGAUACCAAGUCUGCUAAAUCUUCUUCUCCAUCAUCUUCACCUGAUGAGGCUGCUUCUCACAGGACCAUCUUCAGUUUGGGCAACUUUGUUCUGGCAAUUUCUUCCAUGGCCAUCAUGGUUGUGUUCUUAUGAUCGUGAUGAUGGGGAAGGGGAUUCAUUGAAUCUUUUUUAAUUAAUUUAAACAAUUCUAUGUCUGUAUAUCUGGGGAUUACAUGAUGACGAUGUUGCAGUUUGCUGCUUUGAUUUGAAUUCAUAUAUUUUUUUGGUUGAACAUAUGAGAUGUUAUUGAAUUAUAUUAUGAGAAUGUGCUUUAUUCCUAA